AACUCUCUUUCUCUCUGUUUCUCCAUAUAAGAAAUAUCAUACACAGUAAAUUUACAUGCGUUUCUUUCAUAUUAUCCGUUUUAUCUCUCUAACUUGGUGACCCCCAUCAGUUUCUUCCUCCAAAAUUUGAAGGGAUUUUGCUCUUCGCUGAUAUCAAAAACCAAGCUUGAAGCUCUGUUGCUAGAUCGAUCAGAGUUUUUUUUCAGUAUACCCUGGUCCUGAAGUUUUCUUGAGAUCUCAACUUGAACAUUAGCUUUGGAGCUUUUGAAAAUGGAUUAAAACACAAUGAACUAAAGAAGCAGAAUCUGUUUGUAGCUGAUACUUGAUAAACAAGGUUCUUUUUCCUACAGAUUUCAAACGCCUCUGAUUCACUAAGCUGGCAUAAGAACGUUGUGGAGAAAAAAUGUUCUCAAGAUCUUGCAUAAGCUUGUUAGAGUUGGCGUCUGGGGACAUGUUGAAUUUCCCUCAGACCCCUAGAAGUCUUCCAAGAGUUAUGAAUAUUGAGGGAAUAAUUCCUGAUGUCAAAAAUAGUGAUCGGAGUAAUAAUGAAGAUACAAACGUUGUCCCUUCUGAAUGCCGCAAGAAAAAAAUCAUAGUGGCAAAUUUUCUUCCUUUACAUGCUCAAAAGGAUUCGAAAUCUGGGAGAUGGUGCUUUAGUUUUGAUGAGGAUUCAAUUUAUUUGCAGCUGAAAGAUGGUUUUUCAUCUGGUGAUGUGGUUAUGUAUGUAGGGUCUCUGAAGGUUGACAUAGAUGCAAGUGAACAAGAAGAAGUAUCCCAGAAACUUCUGGAGGACUUUAAUUGCGUGCCAACGUUCCUUCCUCCUGAGCUUCAUAAGAAGUACUAUCAUGGGUUUUGUAAGCAAUAUUUGUGGCCACUGUUUCACUACAUGCUUCCCAUGUGCCUGGACCACAGUAAUCGUUUUGACAGGCUACUGUGGCAGGCUUAUGUUUCUGCUAACAAGAUAUAUGCUGAUAAAGUCAUGGAGGUGGUCAAUCCUGAAAAUGAUUAUGUCUGGGUUCAUGACUAUCACCUUAUGAUUCUUCCCACUUUUUUGAGAAGGCGUUUCACGCGAGUUAAGCUUGGCUUUUUUCUGCAUAGUCCCUUCCCUUCAUCAGAAAUCUACAGGACAUUGCCUGUCAGAGAUGAAAUAUUGAGAGCCCUGCUAAAUGUAGAUUUGAUUGGUUUUCAUACAUUUGAUUAUGCUCGCCACUUUCUAUCUUGCUGCAGUAGAAUGCUUGGCCUUGAUUAUGAAUCAAAGCGAGGUUACAUUGGACUUGAAUAUUUUGGCCGCACGGUAUACAUUAAGAUUCUGCCAGUAGGGAUACACAUGGGUCAACUUCAAUCUGCUUUAAAUCAUCCCUCCUCUUCCGUGAAGGCCAAAGAGAUUCAAGAACAUUUUAAGGGGAGGAAGCUUAUUCUGGGCGUGGAUGACAUGGACAUAUUCAAGGGGAUCAGCCUAAAGUUAUUGGCCAUGGAACAACUUCUGCAGCAGCACCCAGAGUUGCGGGGCAAGGUAGUCCUGGUUCAAAUUAUAAACCCUGCAAGGAGCACAGGGAAAGAUGUUCAGGAAGCAAAGAAUGAAACAUAUUCAACGACCAGAAGGAUAAAUGAAGUCUUUGGCUUUCCAGGCUAUGAACCAGUUGUCUUGAUUGAUCGCAAUGUUCCCUUCCAUGAGAAGACUGCCUAUUAUUCAUUGGCUGAAUGCUGCAUUGUCAAUGCUGUGAGGGAUGGCAUGAACCUAAUCCCUUACCAAUAUAUUAUUUGCAGGCAGGGGACUCCAGAUAUGGAUAAAGCUAUAGGAAGUCCCUUGGAUUCCCCUCAUACAAGUACACUUGUUGUUUCAGAGUUCAUAGGUUGCUCGCCAUCUUUGAGUGGAGCAAUCAGGGUGAACCCCUGGAACAUUGAAGCUGUAGCUGAUGCACUAAAUGUAGCCAUCACAAUGCCUGAUUUAGAAAAGCAGUUGCGGCAUGAGAAACAUUACAAGUAUGUCAGUUCUCAUGAUGUGGCUUAUUGGGCGCGCAGUUUUCUACAGGACUUAGAGCGAGCCUGUAAGGAUCACUACAGAAAACGGUGUUGGGGAAUUGGUUUUGGUCUGCAUUUUAGAAUCUUGUCUCUUUCUCCAAGUUUUAGGAAGCUUUCCAUUGACCAUAUCCUCUCUGCAUAUAAGAGGUCAAGUCGAAGGGCAAUCUUCUUGGAUUAUGAUGGAACAAUAAUGCCUGAAACUUCAAUUGUUAAAACUCCAAGUCCUGAAGUCAUUUCUGUUCUGAACAACCUUUGCAGUGACCCCAAGAACACUGUGUUUAUAGUUAGUGGUAGGGGUCAAGACUCUCUUAGCGAAUGGUUUGCUCAGUGUGAGAAUCUUGGCAUAGCAGCGGAACAUGGAUACUUUAUAAGAUGGAGUAGGAAGUCCAAUUGGGAAACCAGUUCCUUAGCUGUUGAUUUGGACUGGAAACAUAUCGCAGAACCUGUGAUGAAUUUAUAUACUGAGGCAACCGAUGGCUCGUACAUAGAGAGCAAGGAGAGUGCCUUGGUGUGGCACCAUCUAGAUGCUGAUCCUGAUUUCGGCUCCUGCCAGGCCAAGGAGAUGUUGGAUCAUCUUGAAAAUGUCCUUGCAAACGAGCCUGUAGUUGUGAAAAGGGGGCAACAUAUAGUCGAAGUAAAGCCACAGGGAGUUACUAAAGGCUUGGUUGCAGAGAAAGUUCUCUCCAUGAUGGUUGGUACAGGGAAAGCGCCGGAUUUUGUUCUGUGCAUUGGGGAUGAUAGAUCAGAUGAGGACAUGUUUGAAAGCAUAUCAAGCACAGCCUACAGUUCAUGUCAACAUACACCUCCCGAGAUCUUUGCAUGCACUGUUGGCCAGAAACCUAGUAAAGCUAGGUACUACCUCGACGACACAGUUGAUGUCAUGACAUUGCUUCAUGGCCUCACUACUGAUUCAAGCCUCAAGUCAAGAAGUAAUGCAGAAAUCGAUCAAGUCUCUUUCGAGCAUAUCUACUAAGACGAAAGCUUGGACAUUUGAAACAGGAUACGAAGUAUAAAUCGAGAUUUAACUCCUGGCUUUUUGAUACUAACAAAUUCUUUGCAUGGUGGAAAGCCGAUAUGGAUGCUGCUAUGGACAUUUUUCGAAGAGAAAGAUGAUGAAGACGAGGGAUCAAGGUGGAUUUGGAGAAUAUUAGACACGACUUUUCUUUUUCUUAUAGUUGGAAGGUGUAGUAGUUUAUGUAAAUUAUGAACUGGCUUUACCCUUUAAAUGGUAGCCAUUCUUUUAUGAAAUGAUAGACUUACUCAGAUUAUCAAGAUUGAAACUUUGUUUGAGUGUACAUAAGAUGUUGCUGAAAUGUC